GAGAAGCAUAAGAUCAUGGGCUGUGAUCCCGUGUUCUACACUGACUUCAAUUCCGCCGCUGCCGUGGACUACUUUGGAUUCCCUGCUCCGAUCAAGUUCCAAGACAAGCGGUGGAAAAUAACCAACACCAUCCGAAACGUGUAUAACUUCGGCAACGGCUGGUGGGGCUCGUCGACUCAGAUCCAGGUGUUCUGCGGCGACAAUUCGAUGCGCCAGCCCGAAGGCUCUUAUUGCACCAACCGACCGGGCCAUGUGCACCUCGUGGACAAAUACAGCGACGACAAGGACGGACUCAUGUUCUGCGAUUCUUGGUUCCGGCUCUCUACUUUGUCCGGGGCCAUCAGUGAAGGUGGUUUAUCGCACGAGUAUUGGAAUAUUGAGAACUACGAAAACCGCGCUCGCCACUGGAUCAACGCCCUCCUGAUGAAAAAAAACAUCGGCACCUGGCCAACAGAUCAGACCGGCAACGGCGACAUCGCACGCCAACAAUUCACUUACCCUGAUUAUGGACUGAAGUGGAUGCUGACGCCUUCCGCCGUCAAGUGGGCGGCGAAGAAUCCGGUUGAUAGUAUUGGAAACCUGGAUGAUCGCGUCCUGAAGAAUGCGGAUACAUGGUCUUGGUUUGCGAUGGCGGCGUAUAUAACCACGAAGGAUGGGGGUGGUAUAUAUACCCCUGCGCCGUACGUUCCCGCCGGUUUCAAGUUCGAUACGGUGGGGGCAUUCAAUGUUACGGGCUGAGUCAGGGGACCCUUCAUACAUCGCGUAUACCUGCAGGACCAUGUCGGAUUCGAUUCAUUUUACAGCGUAAUGGAGAUAGGAGGUAGCAUGUAUCAGAAGAUGGCGAGCUGACAGCGAGCUGAUUCGCAUCGUGACGCUUUUGACAUCCCAUAUUGAACUUUGGCAGUGUAGUCAGGGGGUCACUCAUGCGCUGCGUACGCCUGCCGGAUCCUAGUAGAUUUAAUC